UCCCCAACCCAGACACGCGCCGUGAGUGCAGGAGGUGAUGUAGAGAUGGUGGCAGAAUUCUGCGACCAUGUCACAAGGUAUUUAUAUUUAUUUUUACAACGUAACAUUUAAAACGAACGGCGACUCAUGCUUUUGGUUUUCUAUAAAUACUUAUUGACUUGCGUUUAUUAAAUAUUUAAGAGCGACCAUUUUGACACUUGAAAUUCAAAUGAAUGGUAUGUAUGAAUUAAAUAAUAUUUUAAUAAACCAUACUAGUUGAGCAUUUCUCCCACUUCGUCGAAGCAAGAGGAGUAAUUCACGUGGGCAUCUGAUAACGUUAGAAACGCUCCGAGUAUUUUCCAGUUAGUUUUCCUCGGAGGGGAAUCUCGUAUCGUAAAGCAAAGACAGAUGUGUGUACAAAUUACAGCGCAUUCCUUUAUGGGCGAGUAUCUCGGAGAAAGUGCGGUCAUGCUGGUCCGCGUCGACAGCAAGCGCGGACUUCUUUUUAGUCUGAAUGAAGUUUAAGAGGCACGUCAUAUAGAAGGGGACCUCGGCAGAAUCGGACUACGACCAACUUCACUGGGUAGAUAUAAUCAAGGACUUAAAUGCAAGAAGCUUCGCACUGGACUUGCUUCGUAACCUAGGACUUCAUAUAUCCCCCUUUUCAGAGAAAAUCCUAAGCCAACAGAGUGCGAUAUUUCUGUUCUAUCACUGGACAUAACACGAAUUUUUCUUCGUUGAACACCCAACUAUUGACUCUGUGCAGCAUUGUCCCUACGGCGCGCGCUUUAUUUCUUGUUUGCAAAUUUAUGAACUCCUGCAUGCUACUGCAUUCCUUCCCCCGUCCGUCAUUUAGUUGAUGAUAGGCGGCGAAUUUCGGAUGUAUUCCUUUGUCCUGGCGUGAUCUCUGGGUUUAUAACUAUGGCCACUUCGCGAGGACAGAAGGUUCCGAAGAGCGAUAAGUUGGAUGAGGCGCAGGCUUUGGCGAAGAGCUGCGCCGGGAGACCCGACUUUCUGCCGUGCGAUGGACUGUCGAUCUGCGCCACUCACAGCCACGGAAAGUGCUUCAAGCUGCACUGGUGCUGCCACUUAGGCUGGUGUCACUGUAAAUACGUGUACCAGCCCAUGACCAGCGUGUGCCAGCUUCCCAGCACCCCGGUGCCCACCGCCCCCACCGAAUACGCCGGCACCGUCGACCUGUCGAUCUCCCUGACGGAGCGCUUCCUCAGGACCGCCCCCAGCUUCCGGCCGCCGCCCUGCCCGGAGUCGCCCAGGUACUGCGUCAUCGCCGACCUCUUCGUCGACGACUACAUCGUCAAGCGCGUCAACGGCAAGAUGUGCUACGUGCAGCGGCCCCCGCCGGCCCUGCCCCCGGCCCCCCCGCCCCGGGUGCCACCCCCGCAGCACCCUCCGGGCCAGACCGCGAGGGGGGCACACUGUGGGUACAAGCAGACCCUGCCCGGGGACAAGGCCGGCGGACCCAAAAUAGACCAGUGCGCCUCGCCGUCCAGCUCGGAGGACUCUGGCAUCAAUGCCCUGGGCCUGCACUAUCUGGAGUCGUGCGACGAGGACUCCGAGGAAGAGGAGGACGACGAAGAGCUGAGCUCUGGCGGGGACUCCAGCCCCGGCAGCCUCUGGGACCAGGACGAGUGCUCGCUGCUGUCCCCCUCCAGGUCCACCGUGGAGAUCAUCGAAAAGAUAGAAACGACUGUUUGAUAUCAGGGACCCCCACCCCACCCCACCA